UGUGGGCUGCAUGUUUGCUUGGUUUUAUCCGUGUGCUAAUUUUUGCAAGUGUGUGUUGUGUGAUUUCAACAUUCAUGUACAUAGUAUGUUCAUGCAGUUCUGGGUUGGGCGACUGUGUAAUCUCCUCAAUAAUCUACUUUAACUUCAGGGUUUUUAAACUGGAAUGAUUGACCUCUUCACAUUUGUUUACUGGCCUGAUUGUUUUUCGACCCCUGAGGGUCAGAGUGUCAGUGGGUGUGGCCUACGAUAGGCCUUGCCUCUCCUAAAACACUCUGGGACCUUGUUUUUUGGUUUGGGACUCUGAACACUGGUCAACAUGCUGCUGAGGAGCUGCUGCACCGCCUGGAUUCUGCUGUCUGGCAUCACUGCUGCUGCAGUGUUUGUAGAGAAGCACGAGGCCAGCGCUGUGCUGCAGAGAUGGCGGCGAGCGAACAGCGGCUUCCUAGAGGAGCUGAAACAAGGAAACCUGGAGAGGGAAUGCAUCGAGGAGAUCUGCAACUACGAGGAGGCUCGAGAGGUCUUCGAAGACGACGACAUGACGAGGCAGUUCUGGCUGACGUAUGAACGUCGUGAACCCUGCCUGGUCAACCCUUGUAAAAACAACGGGACAUGUAUCUAUAUUGGGAACACCUAUGAUUGCCAGUGUCCUGAAGGAUUCGAAGGACGAUACUGUCAGACAGUAUUUGAAGACUCUCUAGGGUGCAUUUACCAGAAUGGACGGUGUCAGCAUUUCUGUGACGGCUCCGGAGUAAGACGUAAAUGUUCCUGCGCUGACGGAUACAUGCUGGGCGACAACGGACGAGACUGCAUCGCUCAGGUGGAGUAUCCAUGUGGUCAGCUGGCUCCACGGGAGGCAAGCAUGAACCAGAGUGUUGUGGGUCUAACCAGGCUGGUGGGAGCCGAUCACUAUCCCCGAGGAGAGUGUCCCUGGCAGGUUCUGGUUCAGUUAGAUGGGCGGAGUCACUGCGGAGGUGUUCUGAUCCGUCCAGACUGGGUCAUCACUGCUGCCCACUGUAUCUAUGGCAACGACCCCCAAAACCUCACAGUGGUGGCAGGGGAAAACGACCUGGAUGUUGACGACGGCACCGAGCAGAGGAUCUCUGUUUCUAUGGCGAUCGCCCAUGAGGGUUACGUCCCGGCCACAGGUGACAGCGACGUCGCCCUGCUGAAGCUGAGCCGCCCCGUCACUUUGAACCGCUACGCCCUCCCCGUCUGCCUGCCCACUAAAGACUUCACCGAGAAGGAGCUGCUGCUUAUCCGCUACCACACCGUGUCCGGCUGGGGCAAGAGGACCAGCGGGGGCAACACUGAGAGCCCCGGCGCUCUGCCCGCCGCCCCCACCUCCCCCAUCCUUCGCAAGAUGUCCGUCCCCAUCAUCCCGAACUCCAAGUGCUCCCAAGUAGCCGAGUUCAACUUCACCACCAACAUGCUGUGUGCCGGUUACCUGGAAGGUCGGCAGGAGGGUUGCCGCGGAGACGACGGCAGUCCGCUGGUCACGCUCUAUGGCUCCACCCACUUCCUGACGGGCGUGGUCGGCUGGGGGCGGGGCUGUUCAUACCCGGGGUAUUAUGGGGUGUACGCCAACAUGGCCAGCUUUGUAGACUGGGUGGAGGCCACGAUGAAAGACCCGCCUACCAUGACGACAGCCAAUGAGAAGUCAGUGGAGAAAGCGGCGCCGUCGACUUCUGACAUGCUGCAACAGAAACUAGUUUAA